AUGGUCGUCACAGAGGCAGGAUGCAGUAUUGUCAAGCCGGGAAUUGAUGUCAUGGAUGACAGCACCCCGGAAGGCCAGAUUCUGCUGUCGAUAUGGAAGGGCGUAACUAGCCAGCCGACUGGCCCAUACAGGGUGUUCUGGGGCACCGAAGUUGAAAACCCUGCCAAUCUCUGGGGUUUCUUCGACUUUGCCUCGGUGGAAGAGCACGAGAAGUUCGCUGAAGAAUUUGGAAAGGACAUCGUCAAGGAUUUCCCCAAGAUCCUCGGCGGUCACCAUUUCACAAAGCACCUCAACCUGUCACCCUACCCACACACUGCCCUGAGGGCCCCUGUGACCGAGGUCCUCCUGGUCUGGUUGCCGUCGGACAUAUCGCAGGAGGCCUAUGACGCGGCCGCCAAGCAGCUCCAGCAGUUUGCAGACGUCCUCAGCGAGCAUCCUGUCAUCCAGGCUGUCAACGUCGGCCGGGGCGUUGAGAAUGACUUCCCCGUCCGUGAUGGCGAAGAGGGCCAUGAGGGAAGCCUCCUGAACUUGAUGAUCGGAUGGCCGAGCAUUGAUGCUCAUAUGCAGUUCCGAGAGACUGACACAUUUAAGAACAACAUACACUUGCUAAGGGGAAUGGAGGGUGUCAUCAAGAUGACCAUGUUCCACAUCAAGAGCCGUGUCAUGGAAAAUGAGAAUAGAAAGGAGUAG